GGAAAAAGAUCUAAUGGCAAGCAUUCUUUAACUGAUGAAAAAUCCAAAUAUCAAAAUCCCAACAAAGAUCUGAAAAACUAUGAAGAAGAAAAGACAAUGGGUGUAGUACCGUCUAUGGAAAAGAGACUGGAGGAUAAUUCUUGCAUCAAUUAUAUCAAGAACCAAUAGUAGAAAAUUCUAAGCCACAAGAAAUUAGUCAGAAUUAUGAAGAAGUGAAAGGUGUCAGUAGUAGCAAUGAUUUAGAAGAAAAUAUUAUUAGAAUUCACAUGAAAAAGAACUAUAUUUGGGCAGUUAUGAAAGAAUUUGAUAAAGGAGUAGAAGAUUGGAGAAUUAUAGCAGAGAAGACAUUAAAUAUAUCAAGAAUCAAUACUUACAAGCUAAAGAAGAGUUUUGAAAAAACUAUUCCUGAUCCAAUAAAAGUAUUGAUUGAAGAUCUAAAACUGAGAAGACAGGGAGCUUACUUUCCUUGGAAAAAGGAUGACAGUUUAUCUACUGGAGUUUCAUCAAAUGACGAAAAAGAAGAAUCUAAACAAAUAGAUAUUGAAUCCUCUGACUCUUCUGAGGAUAUUGAAAGACAAUUUGAACCUCCUUUUGGAGUGAUAUUCCAAAACUUUAAUUUCUCUGAAGCACUAACAUAUCUCUGAAACAUUAUUAAAACUUGAAUUGAAGAAGAUAUUAAAAAUGUGACAUUUGAAUCUUGUUUAUUUCCCUUUAUUUCAGAAGGGACUCUUGGAAAAACUCAGUUUAAAACUCCUAUGCUCCAAAUGAGACCACUUUAUGGAAUUAAUUUCAUCAGUUGUAAAUAUGCUAACCCUCCUUUACCUCUUAAAGAAGAUAAAGGUGGAUGGAGAUUUAUUGAUCUUGUAAAUGAAGAAUCAGAAGGUGAAAGCACAUAUGACAAAGCAGACCAGAUCGGACUUUUACUUAACUGCCCUGGCCUUCCCUUCCCCCUUAGAGAAAAAGAAGAAAAACAAGAAAUAGAAGGAGGCAUCUCAAGCAUCACAUUCAAAAACAACGGAUUUACCGAAGUAGAAAUGGCUAAACUUAAAGUAUAUUUAUGAUAUGCUGAAAACCUCAUGAUCUACGAAGAGGACUAAACUAUUCCCAAUAACCUCAAUAAGCUUCAAAAAUCUCUACCUAAUUCCUCUUCCCUAAACAAUUUAC